AGAAGAAGGGAAGGGAGAAUGCAGCACCAGAUAACCCACUGGCUUUAAGAAGGACCCAUGGGGAUGCCAGCCAUUAGUAAAGAGAGAGAAGAUGAUGGUGGACUUCCUCUCUCACCCACCUCUUCUCCUCUUCCAUCUCCUUUCUUUAUCUUUGAUCACAAGCGUAGUUCUUUGGGUCCUGAAGGUCUUAACGGACACCUGGGCGGCCAGGGUUGCCAGUUAUCCCCCAGGGAACAGAGGAAUUCCUUGGAUUGGAGAGACACUGGCGUUUAUGGCAGCAAACAAUAGCAGCAAAGGGUUCUAUGAUUUUGUUGCGACGAGGCAUAUCCGGUAUGGAAAUUGUUUCAAGACAAGCAUACUUGGGGAGACACAUGUUUUUGUGUCAAGCAUUGAAGCUGCUAAAGCAAUCCUCAACUGUGAGUCUAUUGAUUUCUCAAAGAGGUACAUAAGAUCGAUUGCAGAGCUCUUGGGGAAUCAAAGCUUGCUUUGUGCUUCUCAUGAACAACAUAAGCUCACCAGGCGUCGAAUCUCCAAACUCUUCACGCUAAAUUCUAUGGCUUCAUCGAUCACUAUGUUUGAUGAGUUAACCAUGAAGACUUUAUGCAGUUGGAAACAGAAAGGAAAUGUGAUGGUGUUUAAUGAAGCUUUAAAGGUAACCUUCAAUGCAAUAUGUAAGAUGCUAAUAAGCUUAGAGGAAGAGGAUGAACUGGAAAUGCUAAGGAAGGAUGUCUUUGAAGUAAGCGAAGCAAUGCUAGCAUUUCCUCUUAAGUUGUUGGGAACUAGAUAUUAUAGAGGUGUCAAGGCUAGGAAAAGGAUUGAUAAUACAUUGAGGAAAAUUAUAGCAUCAAGGAGAAAAAGCUUGGAGCGUCACGAGGACUUCUUACAAUGGCUUCUUGUAAGGGAUGAAUCUCUGCAUGAUGACCCAUGGACAGAUACACAAAUUCUGGAUAACAUUUUGACGCUAAUAAUUGCAGGACAAAUUACAACAGCAAGUGCAAUAGCAUGGAUGGUCAAGUACCUAGAUGAGAACCAAGAGGUCCAGGAUGGACUAAGAAUUGUAAAGGAAUCCCUGAGGAUGGCAACAAUAGUUUCCUGGUUCCCAAGAGUGGCACUGAAGGACUGCCAGAUUGGAGGAUUUCAGAUUAAAAAGGAUUGGAUUGUGAAUGUUGAUGCAAGAUCUAUCCACUAUGAUCCAGCUGUAUAUGACGAUCCAGUCAAGUUCGAUCCAUCAAGGUUUGAUGAAGACCCCAAGCCCUACAGCUUCUUGGCCUUCGGAACGGGAGGUCGGACUUGCUUGGGAAUGAAUCUGGCCAAGGCCAUGAUGCUGGUCUUUCUACAUCGACUUGUAACAACUUUCAGGUGGAAGGUGACCGAUCCAGACUCCAGCCUAGAGAAAUGGGCAAUGUUUCCAAGGCUAAGAAGUGGGUGUCCAAUUCAUGUGAUCGGAGGAGUCAAAACAGAGUAUAAAUUGAUGUAAAACUCAAUGGACUACUUGGUCUUAUAAGAAGAACAGCGGCUCCAUCUGCUUGUAACUUUGAAUAGCAAUCUCUGUUAGCUAAUUAUUUUUGGUUGAAUCGAGAGGGGUUGAGACUCCCCAUUAAUUAAUUGUUGUGAAAGUUGUUAAAGAAUCGCUUGAGCUUUUGUACCCAAAAAUAAAAAAAAAGAAUCACUUGAGUUGGCAAUUAGCUGGGCUAUCAUGGGCUUACUAAAAGCAAAGUAGGAUUGUGAGCCCAAUGUUGAGUACUUGUACUACAUACUUAUCUUCAUGGCAUCCUUUGGCU